AGCUGUUGGCUUCUGAAACAAAAAAUGUCGGUUUACUUAUCGCUUGAAGGUCUCAGAGUUAACGUUGGCGUUGAUAAGAGCUAAAUUGAAAGCUACUCUUACUCUGAGGACGUUACUUUUAUUUACUUAGAAAGUUCAAGGUUACUUCUAAAAUAAUUGAGAUAAUUUUGAAGAAAGUGAAAAUAGACCUUGUACGUUUGAGACGAUAUUUUGAAGUAUAAUGUAGUAACAGUCAUGGACUUGUUACUCAUGAUAACAAAAGAUCUCUCUUACAUUCUUGUCCAAUAUCCUCUAUAUUCGUUAAUUGCGAGUGUCAUAUUAUUUGGAAUACUACUGAGGUUUUAUUGCCGACUGACUUUGGGACGAUUCGAAGAUGAUCAGUCCAUGGAUGGAAAAACAGUUCUCAUUACUGGAGCCUCAGACGGUAUAGGUAAAUCUACUGCUCUUGAUCUAGCGAAACGAAAUGCGCGCGUGUUAAUGGCUUGUAGAAAUCUUGAAAAAGCUGGAAAAGUUGUAGAAGAAAUAAAAAAAGCAUCAGGUAACCACAACGUGGUCCUCUAUCAUCUCGAGCUGAGUUCAUUUGCAUCGGUUAGAAAGUGUGCUGAAGAAGUUCUAAAGAAUGAAAAGGAGCUACAUGUAUUAAUUAAUAAUGCAGGAAUAUCAGGAAUUCCACGACGUCUGUCAGAAGAUGGGUGCGAAGUUCUCAUGCAGACUAAUCAUUUUGGGCAUUUUCUGCUCACAUUGUUGCUUUUAGAUCUUUUAAAAAAAUGUACUCCAAGUAGAAUUAUUAAUGUGUCUUCAGAAGCUCAUCUUUUUGCAAGAUUAAAUGUGGAUGAUUUGACGAAUAGGCAACAAUUGAGACCAGGUUUAGUUUAUUGCAAUUCAAAAUUGGUGAAUAUAUUAUUUACAAGAGAGUUAGCUGAAAGGUUAGAUGGAACAGGAGUAACUGUGAACGCUUUGCAUCCAGGAUGUGUUAAGACAUCAAUUUUCAGAGGGAAGACUGAUAUUAUAUCUCUUCUCAGCAAGUUUCUCUUUUUUAUUGUAGGAAAGAAUUCUGAAGAAGGUGCACAGACAACAAUUCGCCUAGCUGUUGAUCCCAAGUUGGAAAAAACAAAUGGGAAAUAUUUCUCUGAUUGUAAAGAAGCCAAAAUCAGCAAGGAUGCUAAGGACAAGUCGCAAGCGAAACGGCUGUUUGAAAUAAGUGAACAAGUUGUCGGCAAAACAUUUUUAAAAUCGUAGAUAAAAUUGUUUUAUUUAUUAAAUUAUGCUCUAGCAUGUGAGAAUUAAAAAAAAGUAUUUAUGUAAAUUAAUGGUUAUUAUGUGUUUAAAGUUCAAAUCUUUUGUCACAAAUGAAGUUUUUUUAAUCUGCACAUCGCAAAUUAAUAUUCAAAAAAUAAAAGUUAAAAACUAUGCCAAGAACGAUUCACUGUGUAGGUGGAAUUAAAAUAAUAUGAACGAGUUUAUUAAUCGAAAAAAAGGAAGACUUGUGAAUUUUGCCUCGUGCCUGACAGAAACUUAUUUCUGUAGUUUUAAUCCCACCUUCACUGUUAUCAACCUUAUAAUCAUUUGCAGAUUUUGAUGUUUCUCAUUUUUACCUGGCGUGAGAGAAAGAUUUUUGUAGGAUAAAUUUUUUUUUGGAAUUCCCUUUUGUUUGGUUUUUAAGUGUAAGUUUAAUACGUUAAACUUUAGUAUUUAUCAGUUUAGUAUCACACAAAUGUUUUAGAAUCCAGUAUUAGAUCUUGACUGAAAAAAUGUCUUAUGUUGUAUUUAUAUUAGGGGAACCAGUAAGUAAUGUCGUUUUUAUCUAUUAAAAUCAUACCGAAUAAGCAUUUCAUAUAAUAAAAGAUAAAGUUUUAACAACCAUUUAAUUUUUAUAAAUGAUAACACCCUCGUUAUCAACGACCUGUAGCCAAUCAACUGUGCAAUUUUUCAAUGACGGAUCGAUAAAAACCGAUUGGUUUUUGAGCAAAAUAUAUUAAAAACAUUUUCCACACCAGCCACAUUUUCAAAUUUUUUACUAUUUUAAAAAUGUUGUGGUGAUCCAUUGGUGCAAUACUGUGUGAAUAUCCAAAUUCAUUACUUCAAGCUUGUUGUUGUGAAAUUCAACUGACAUAUUAUGCCGGGUGUGUAACUCUUCUAAUAUUUGGCUGGAUUUUUCGCAAAAAAGCAUGAAUUUUUUCUUUUCAGAUUUGAUUAUUUACGAGUAAACCAGCUAUUGUAACAUUAAAAUGUCUUUGGCACGAUUUGGCAGAACAUAAUGAGUCAAUAAAUUACAAACGAAUAUCGAAAGGACAUUAGUCUCCAAACUAAUAUCUAAAUUGUGAGAAAAAGAGCAUUUUGUAAGACUAGUCUAACAAAAUGCUCUUACAAGUGCUCGUCUAAAUUUUGGACCGAAAGAACUAUAAACAUGGAGGAAAAACAGGGUUAAAUGCCGUCCUCUUUUUUUCUUUCCAUUAAAAAGAAGAAAAAAAAUCAUGCCUAUUUUCAGAUGUCACGAUUAAAAAAAAAGACUUUCGCCGAUGAGCUAUAAAAUAAACGAGCUUCAAAUGUUUACUAUUCAUAGUUUGUUUUUUAAAAUGUAAACACUUUGUUUUAAUGUUUGAUCGUUUUUAUAUUUAUUAAUAAAAUGUUCUUUAUUUACAAAAA